CUUACGUGGGAGCAACGGUGGUUGGGUGGUGAGAUCCUAGGACCCAACGGCCUCACUUCAAGCUUCAUCUAGCCCCUUUCGCUUGUUUCGCUGUCUUUAUCAUUCCGCCCAGCAGCAAGACAUCUGUUCUUACCACCCAACGUGCCGCUUCGCCGGGCACUCGACCGCGAUCAUUUUCCAUUCCAUGGCUGAAGAUACCUCGCUCCUCAUUUCUGAUCCAGAUGGCGCCCCAUUCAGAGCCCUAUCCACCGAACAGGAGAACCUUCCUCUCCUGCUUCGCUUUCGUCGGCGCUCUUCCUGCUAGAUUGCUGAAAGCAAUUCGUCCUCUGCCUAGUAUACCGAGCGAUUCCUUCCCUAUAGGAACAUUAAAAUUCAUUGCCGCCGGAAAAUCCUCAGCUGUUUACAGUAUUGACAGAAAGAGAGUUCUCAAAGCUUUCCACGAGCACGAGGAUGGUGAACUUGAAUAUCGAGCAUAUGAGCGUCUUAGAUCGCACCCAAAUAUAGCGAAGAUAUUAGGUAUCAUGAAGGAUGGUUCUAUCGUACUUGAGCGAGGUACGAGCCUUCGAUCGAUUUGUCGGGAUCCCACCGCUGCCGACAUACCCAUACAGACGAAGGUUAAGUGGCUUAGACAUGCCGCUAGGGGCUACCAACACUUGCAUAGCUGUAACAUUGUCCAUGGCGAUGUUGGGUGUAAUAAUCUUAUUUUAACGCGGAAGAAUAUCGUUAAGUUAAUCGAUUUUGAAGGCUGUAGUAUCGACGGUGGAGAAGCAGGUUCAUGCUAUGAAUGGUUUAGUUAUCGACCCUCUAUACCUAGCGUAAGCCAACGGACGGAUGUCUUUGCAUUCGGUUGCGCAAUCUACGAAGUCGUAACUGGAAGACCACCACAUUACGAUCUUGAAUCAUCACGGAACCAAGAUAGGGAGGUCGAGCAGCGAUAUAUAGAUGGCCAUUUUCCUAUUGUUGCCGAUCUACCCAUGGGACAACUAAUGCAAAGUUGUUGGCUUAGCAACCAUAUAACAAUGAGUGAAGUUGUUCAGACUUUAGAAGCGUUUGUUCCCUAGACUGGAAUAAUUCACGCGAAUGUUAUUUCUAUCGUUCCAUUGAUGUAAAUCAUCACAAUCUAUAUAAUCUACUGUUCUAGGAAAACAUCACAACAACUCUUUAGCAGCCCGAUGAUUACGAUUGCUACAUAGGUCCGUCGCUCGUGGUUCCAACGCUAGUCCAUUUUAUCAACC